AUGUUAUUUCCAUCGAUUAAGACCAACACUAAAAUGUGCUUUGUUCGCAGUUGUCUGCCUCCGACACUUUCACUAAUCGCUUUAUUUAGACAAGAUCAACAGCAUUUAUUCGAAUGCAUCAAAGUUUUACAAAUGGAAGGGACUAUGCAUGAGAAGAAACUUGGUGGCUUAAAAAGGAAUAAUGUGAAACCCUGGAAAAAACUCAAAUCAUUCUCAUACCCAAAUUGUUUCACUCAAUGCUUGCAUAUUUGCCAAACGAUUUCAGAAAUGAAGCAUAAAAUUAUUGCUCUUUUAAAUAGAAGGCCACAAACUGUUUUUUUUCUUUUUCAUUGUCACUGUAAUUUCUGCCCAAGGUAUAAAUAUUCUAGGGUCCUAAACAAAAUAAUAUUUAACUGCAACUUUACGAAAGGCCUUUUUAAAUGGCUACAAUUUAGCAUUCAAAGAAAACCAAUUUUAAUGAUCGAUUCGGCAUUAAAAGAAAAGAUUAAAAUUGUUUUAUUUCUGUCGCAAAAAGUACAGGUUUGCUCUGAUGAUUGUAAAGGAUUGUGCAUGAUUCAUUUAAACACUCUUCGACUGGUAUUUUUGUGGCGAUCUGUUUGUACACGCUGUUUCAGAAAACCAAAUUGGGCUGUAGUUUCAAAAAAGAAUUUUACAUGUGGGGUUGUUUUAGCAAUGGGCAGAAAGGAAAUUCGCAAGCAGAAUUGGCGGUGUUCAGCUACCGAUUGUAGUGUCUGCUCACCCUUCUUAUUUCAAACCAAAGGAAAAGGACUAGUUUUCCUACUAUUACACCCUUUUCAAAUGUCAUCGUGUAAACUUUGA